CUUCGCAGAAGGGAUAGAGAGAGAGAAAAAAACACCAAACAAACAAUGGCGACUGUGAAACUCUCUCUGUCUUCACCUUCUCCCUCUUCGAUUCAGUCAAAGUUAUCUGCGGCGUCUUUCAUCCCCAAUGCAGCGCGUGCGUUUAAUGCGACACCGUCGGCAAAGUCGCGGUUCAUUGGUAAAUGCUUGAGAUCAAGCCCGAUGACAAUACACAGAGGAUCUCGCUCCGUAGAAAUCACUUGUUCUGCUUCAUCUUCUCCUGCUGCUACUCUUCCCUCAGCUCUUCUCUUCGAUUGCGAUGGCGUGCUUGUUGAUACGGAGAAGGACGGUCACAGGAUCUCCUUCAACGACACUUUCAAAGAGAGAGGUUUGGGUGUUACCUGGGAUGUCGAUUUGUACGGAGAACUACUGAAAAUAGGUGGCGGGAAAGAAAGAAUGACAGCGUAUUUUAAUAUGGUGGGUUGGCCUGAGAAAGCUCCCAAGGAUGAGGCAGAGAGGAAAGCGUUCAUAGCUGGGCUUCACAAGCAGAAGACUGAGCUUUUCAUGGUUCUCAUCGAGAAAAAGCUGCUUCCUCUUCGUCCCGGUGUUGCCAAAUUGGUUGAUCAAGCUUUAACGAAUGGAGUAAAGGUUGCUGUGUGCAGCACUUCAAAUGAGAAGGCGGUUUCUGCUAUAGUUUCAUGCUUGCUUGGACCAGAACGAGCAGAGAAUAUCAAGAUAUUCGCUGGAGAUGUAGUUCCUAAAAAGAAACCUGACCCGGCCAUCUACAACUUAGCUGCUGAAACCCUUGGAGUGGAUCCCUCAAAAUGUGUUGUGGUUGAAGAUAGCGCUAUUGGACUAGCAGCUGCAAAAGCUGCGGGUAUGACUUGUAUAGUAACAAAGAGUGGAUACACAGCAGAUGAAGAUUUUGUGAACGCAGACGCGGUUUUCGACUGCAUUGGAGACCCUCCAGAAGAGAGAUUUAAUCUAUCAUUCUGUGGAAGCCUUCUCCAAAAACAGUUCGUUAGCUAAACUACAAACUCUCUCAAACAUUGGUUGUGUAUAUUGAAAAGACUUAAUUCACUGUAAACUACAAACUCUCUCAAACAUUGGUUGAGAUUUUGUCUCAUGCAAUGUCACAGUUUCAACUU